AUGACUCUGAAGCCGAAAACUAUUCUGGAGAAUGGAGAUGGUCUAUUCGAUACUCAUGUUACUGUCGAGGAUUUGGAAGAAGUGAUUCAAGAUCAAAUGAAGACAAAUUCCAAAUUGGGAAAGAGUACCAAGUAUACUGUAAUUGGAGAGGGAAACGGAAUUAUGAGUCGAGUCAUCCUAGUCGAACCCCAAUGGACUAUAUCCGACGACCAUCUUCCAUCGAAAUUCGUUCUGAAAAUCCCAUACUGCGUCCAUAUUCAAGGAUUAAUUGGCCAAAUGCUUGCGAUGAAUCCAAUGUCUGAAGAACAAGAAGCUGGAUUAUGGGCAAUGUGGGAGUCAGAAAUUCAAUCAAUUCAUAACAGAGAAGUCAAUAUAAAUAAGAUUGUGGAGAAAUGGGAUAAGCGAGAAGAUCUGUUGAAUCCAAGAGUCUAUUUCUCAAAGAAAUAUGAUUCGGAGAACAGAAAUAAAGGAUUCAUUGGAAUGGAGUAUGCGGAAGAUUCUAUUGUGAGACAUCUUUAUGUCAAUGUCAAACCAAGAGAACUCUAUCCGGUCCUCAAAUUCGUAGCCCAUUUCCAAGCCAGUGGUCUUCAUUUGACUGAUGAAGAAAAACAAAGUAUCAGUGGAUUUGAUAUCGAAAAAAUAGCAGGACCCCUCAUGACUGAAGACGGAAUUAAAGGAAUUCUUCAACAAGUUCGAAUGAUGAAUCCGGCGAAAUUCGAUGAAAAAGUGAAGAAAAUUGAGGCGUUCGGAAUGGAAAUUGUGAAUUUCGAACUUGCUAGUAAUCUAAAUAAGUAUGUUGGUAUCGAUCAACCUGUUCUGGCUCAUGGAGAUCUCUGGGCAACGAAUGUUUUAUGGAAAGAGAAAAAGGAAGAGUGGAUCGUCAGCAAGAUAAUUGAUUAUCAGGGAAUCCACAUGGGAAAUCCUGCCGAAGAUCUCGUUCGUCUCUUCGUUUCCACACUCUCUGGUCCAGAUCGUCAGAAAUAUUGGGAGGAACUUCUGGAGAAAUUCUACAAUUUUUUCCUGGAAGCCCUUCAAAGUCAGAAGGCUCCGUACUCUCUUGAGCAGCUAAAAGAAUCGUAUCGUUGCUAUUUUGUGUUCGGAGGAGUCGGUUUGGUUCAAUUGUUUGGACCAGUUACUCAGAGAAAACUGACAAUGUGCUCUCCGGAUGAAAACGUGGAAGAGUAUCAAAAAGUCGUUUUGGGAAAGAUGGAACAUCUUCUGGAUGACGUUGAAAAGUUCCAUCUCCACAGCAGAAACGUGACCAAAAGCUACAAGAAACCAGUGACAAGAAUUUAA